AUGGAGCAGCGACUGGGCAGGCACACGGCGUCGGCGUCGUCACAGCCACAGUCACAGUCUGUGCCAUCAACACCUUCUCAACGACCACGGUCUCCACCGAACCACAGAGCGUCGCGGUCACCGGAGCCCGCUCUCAAGAAUACUUCUCCCAAAUCAGCACCAUCAGAUAAAAGCCAUACGCCGCCGGCGCGAACUAAACCUUAUGGCGGUUGCAGAUUCGAAACCGGAAUGGCCAGAGCGCGUCGGCGUGUGCCAUACUCGUAUGGGCCAGAUCCCUUGGAAAAGGACAAAUCCGACUUGAAGGUUAGGCUCAACCACGAAGAGAAUGAAAAGCUCACCCGCGAUAUGCAAGGUUUGUACACGCAGCUGCUGCCCAGUGCUGAAAGUGAGCAACGACGCUCAAACUUCAUCGACAAACUCGAGAAAAUUCUGCGUGGGAAAUGGCCAGAAUCGCGCAUCAAUGUCAACGUCUUUGGCUCGACUGGAAAUAAUUUGGGAACUUCAGAUUCCGAUGUCGAUAUUUGCAUCACGACAGACUGUCGGGAAAUGGAGCGGGUGUGUUCCAUCGCCGAGCUUCUCGCCAACCACGGUAUGGAAAGAGUAGUCUGCGUUUCCAGCGCAAAGGUUCCCAUUGUAAAGGUCUGGGAUCCUGAGUUGCAGGUCGCAUGCGACAUCAAUGUAAACAACCCUUUGGCCCUGGAGAACACCGAGCUUGUCCGUACCUACGUCGAGCUUGACGAUCGGGUGAGACCCCUCGCUAUGAUCAUCAAGCACUGGGCAAAGAGGAGGAUUUUGAAUGACGCUGCCCUCGGAGGUACUCUCAGCUCCUAUACAUGGAUAUGCCUCACUUUGAAUUUUCUUCAAACGCGAGAUCCGCCUAUAUUGCCUACCUUGCAGCAGCAGCCCAAGCUUGAGCCCAAAUAUCUAGCUGGAGUGAAUGUGUCAUUUGACCGCAACACGGAGACGUACAAAGAUUUCGGCGCUCGUAACAAGUCUUCCCUGGGCGAGCUAUUGUUUCAUUUCUUUCGAUACUACGGCCACGAACUCGACUUUGAACAGAACGUUGUGUCGGUUCGAUUAGGCCGUUUGUUAUCGAAGGUUGAAAAACAAUGGCAUUUGCUUCAAGACAAUCGGCUAUGUGUUGAGGAGCCCUUCAAUGUGUCUCGCAAUCUCGCAAACACAGCUGACGACACGUCAAUGCGUGGCAUCCACCUCGAGCUACGGAGAGCAUUUGACAUGAUCGGACGAGGAAAUCUAGAAGAAUGCUGCGAACAGUUUGAGUAUCCUGCUGAAGAAAUAAGACCGUCUGAGCACUUCGUUCCUCCAGCGGCACGACCCGUUAUACCACAACCCCCGCCGGCACAAACUACAUCCCAAGCUAACCAACAAUCAUCCCGGCCAGGCAGAAGUGGUCAGCGUGGUGGUCGGGGGUCCGGUGGUCCUGGCCGCAACAGCAACGGGCGCCGGUCAUCGAACCCUCCAGGACGGAGCCAAAAUUACCUGCGCAAUUUGCCUUUCCAGAUGACCCCGCAAGAACUACAUCUCCAAGCUCAGCAUCAACAGCACCUUCUUCACGAUCAGCUGUUCCAACAAUAUCAGUACCUGCAGCUUCAGGAGCAGGAGCUGAGGAUGCAGUUGCACCAACAAAAUCUUCGGUCGAGAGGACUACUACCAGCGGGAUACCACCAACCUACACCCUAUCCCCAGUACGCAACCCAAGAUGAAGGCGGAGAUCAUAGUUCAAAUGGGCAAACCAACGGGAUCAGUCGAGCUCCGCUCUCGGCACCUCUGUACCAGCAGCGCUUCGCUCCGGCAUCUCCAUACCUUCCGACAGUCGGUAUGAAUCACGGCGUCUCUACAAACCCUCCCUCCCCACGGGUUAGCUCUGUCAUUCCAGACACUCGGAGGUUUUCUCGACGAACAUCGCUGACACAGUCUUCGUCGGGUGGCUCGCUUCGAGCCCAUUCACAGCCGGCCCGGUCUAUUCCGUUAUCCGCGCUCAACCACUACUCGGCCAGGGCUGAUGCUCCUCCCUUGCAAGACACGCUUGCGGGGAGGAGAUCAUCCGCCUCUUCGAAUUCUCAGGAACAAUAUCCCGGUUAUCUUGACAAUGUAAACGUUCCCAUGUAUGACGUCGGGCGUAGACCCGCAGAGUACCUUGGCUAUUAUGUAGGACAGUCUCCUUCAUUGUCUGCCUAUACCCACAGCACCGCAAUCUCUCCGAUACCGUCGCAUGCAGGCCUUGCAAUUCAAGGAGGAGGUCUGUCCCCUCGACUUGCAUCUGCCUCCGUUCGAUCCCCCUCGGGAAAAGAGUCGCCCUCGUUCCAGUUGGUUAAUCCUGUGACGAGAGAAAGCCUAACCAGUCAGCAGCCCGAAGGCACGGACGCCGAGACUCGCCUAGUCGAAGCUGAGCCAGCAAAGGCACGAUUAGGGCCGUUGAUUGUUGAUGGGUCGGUCAACUCGCCCCGCCGGAGACGAACUACUCGGUCUUUGAACGGUAGCGAUGAUCCUACAAAUUUUAGCGCAUCUACGUCGGAGGAUUUAGCCUUUGACACUCCUUCAAGUUCAGAUGAGCAGUCACAGGACGCUUUGGAACUUACCAGUGAUAGAAGUCCCCCUGGGAGCCCUACAUCGGCGCGACAGCAAAUCUCAUCGUUACAAUACGCAAACGGCCAUUUGCCAUUCAGAACUCUAGGGCUUGCAUCUGCGCCGCAGAUUCCACAGUCGGGGACAAGGGUUGCCGAGUCCGUAGGGAUGACGGCGUCAGGGCUGGGCAAGCAAGCGGGCAUGGUCUGGCCUCAAGAACGGCAACUAUCCUCGGUAGAGGAGGUGCGUACACCUUCGCCCAGAGUAGAAGGAUUUCCAUCAAAGACUCCAUCCCCUAGAGCUACCUUUAUGGAGAAGUACAGAAGCGAUGCUGUUCCUGAAAAAGAGCCACCAGGCAUACCCGUGGAAAGCCCUGCGGACACUCUGAACUUACCACUUUCUCCCAGGACAAAUGGUUCAGCAAGCAUACCUGUUUCAAACCUGCUCCCUCCAACAAGUGGCGUCGCGAACCCUCGGUGGCAGACACAGAAAAAGAAAAAGAAGCACAAAAAAACGGUGAAGUCGGAGAAUGAGGAUCAAGCUUCAAAGCUCACAGGAGGAGAAGCCAUCCCGGCCGACGAGUCACUACGAAAAGGCGGUUAG